AUGAAUCACUUUCCCGAAGCUUGGGGUCGCCCUAGGGAUGACGUUUACGGACCCUACAACGCCUCAUACCUCCAGACAACUGGCCCGAAAACCCACACUCAGUCACCUGCUGUGACUGGUACGUCGGUAGUGGCAGUCAAGUUCAACGGCGGAGUUGCCAUUGCUGCCGAUAACCUAGCAUCAUACGGGUCCCUUGCCCGCUUCACCGACGUGAAACGACUUCGCAAGUUUGGCGAUUCUGCCAUCAUCGGAUUCAGUGGUGACGUUUCGGAUAUGCAGUAUAUUGACCGACUACUGGAGUCCAUCGACAUCAGAGAGAAUUACUCUACCCACGGAAACACGCUGAACGCCAAGAAUCUUCAUACUUAUUUGUCGAAAGUCUUCUACAAGCGCCGUUCUGAGUUCAACCCCCUCUGGAACCACGUCUUGGUGGCCGGGUUCGAUGGAGACAAGAAGCCAUUCCUCAGCUCAGCGGAUCUGCUGGGGACCACCUUCUCGGCUCCGCAUCUCGCGACCGGCUUUGGUGCCCAUCUUGCCGUCCCAAUCCUUCGCCGGCUGUUCCCAGAAGAAAGGCCUAUUGAGUCAAUCACCAAGGAUGAGGCCGUGGCGGCGCUAAGGGAAUGUAUCAAGGUUCUCUGGUACCGUGAUGCGCGGAGUCUGGACAAGUACUCCUUAGCUGUUAUUACUGAGGAGGGAGUUGAGAUCCAGGAGGACCAGCAAGUUGAAGCCCAGAGCUGGGCAUUCGCCGAGACCAUCAAGGGAUAUGGGGCUCAGGUUAACUAG